UUCCUUUGUUGGUGUUAUUCUUUCCCUUGAAAGAUUCGAAAAUAUCUUUUGCACAUUUUUAUUUUGGAUGCGUAAGUAUGCUUUUGCUGAUGUACGUUUUUCGCUGACUCAAUUUUUCCACCAAUGAUACAGUUUUCAUUUACCCAUCUCAGGACGUGUAACGAUAAAAGUUGGGGGUGGAAAAAAUUUAAAGGUGGGAUAGUUGCCGAACGGCGAAGAGGGAAACAUUUGCGUCGAAACAGGAAACUCGCGUUCAAACCCUGGUCGACUCUUGUUCGGCACGUUUCACAUCAAUUUUAUCAGCUUAGAAUGCUGGCUUUAUAUUUUUUGUUUGCGAUAGUUUCGUUUUCCAAUGGAAUAUGGCUUUCCACGGCGUCUGAACGGUCGGUCGAAUGGUACAAACCAGGAUGCCACAAAGUUGGUCAUACAAGAAAAGUCGAUAUAAAAGAUUGCGUAUCGUUCGACAUAACAACGAACGCCUGCAGAGGUUUCUGCGAGAGUUGGGCGGUACCAUCCAAUCCCAAGAACUCCCAGAUUACUCAGCCGGUCACGUCUAUCGGCACUUGUUGCAACAUCAUGCAAACGGAGCCUAUGGAAGUCAGAGUGGGCUGCAAGGACGGCAUCCGUACUUUUGUUUUCAAAUCGGCAGUAACAUGCUCGUGUUACCAUUGCAAAAAAGAUUAAGGCGACUUUUGAUAUAAGGUUUAUUGAUGUAUUAAUCCGAAAAUCUCAAUGUAAAAUAUUGUAGUCUUCGUAGCUAUUUAGGUGAUUGUUGUGUAUUUAAUAUUUAAUAAGGUUUAUAAAGUGUAAAUAGAUGUUG